AACUGAAUUUGGAUGGGGUCGCAUCUUGACGCGUCUCUCGUCAAAAUCAUAUCAUACAAAUCUCAUGACAAAAACACUAUUGGAGACACGAUAGUACCAUCCAUCAAUAAUUAGGGAAAAUCGCCUGGGGAAAAAAAGCUCAUUUGGAAAACACUUGAGAUAAACAUUCGAGAGAGAUGGAAUGCUCAGGCAGAGAGCAGCCUGUAAGUCACCCCAAAGACAUGGGUGACAUGGACGCUGUGGAGGUUCUGAUGUCCAUGACCAGUAAUUGGAGGAAGAUGCAGACCCUGAAAACGGAUCUGAGGCCCUUGACCCCCUUCUCAGACUCAGCUGGUGAAGAAUCCUUGCUCCCUGGUCCUGCACAGUUUCAUCACUCGUCUUUUCAGCCUUUUCUACAGUGCAUGACUCCACCACACAGCCCAGCCGCGGCAGCGAACUUUGAGCCCCUGAGCACUGCUGCUACAGAUGCUCCAGUUCAGACUGGUCCUUGCUGCCAAGAGGAGGGCAGAGCACAGCAGCCCCGUGCUCAAGCCACCAGUGUGAUCAGACACACGUCGGACUCUCAGCCAUGUUCACAAUGGAGCAGAAACAUGCCAUCGACUCAUUCCAACCUAGUAUCAUUAAAAAAUGAAACUGAUUCAAAUGGUUCAUGCAACAAUGAUGACCGUGAAAGAAAUCAGUCGCCCUUUUGUGCUCAAAGUCUAACAACAUCCCUGAAGACCUCCACAGCUGUUGUACCAACUGAAUCAGCCCCAGUAUCAGUCGGGGGCUUUGCCAUAGGAGCAAACAUCUUGUCAAUGCCGGUUCAGUUCCAGCUUGUCCCGGUUGCACCUGUGAAAGGCUCAGGACAUCCCGCCGUGGCACCUUGUCCUGUUUCAACAACAGCAGACAGCCCAGCUAUUCUAUGCCAGCAGUCAGCGCCGCCAGUGGUCUUAAUCCAUCCCCAGAUCCCCAGCGGCUCCAUGAUGUUCAUCCUGCCUCAACCUGCAGCUCCAAAACAGCCAAUGGCAGCAGGAGGAGGCACUAAACUGGCCACUAUCGCACCGGCGCCUGGCUCUGGUGGUCACUCUACUAUGAGGAGAGUCAGCAGCAUGGACCUGCAGUCGCCUGAAAACACCUCCAAGGUCCGCAGUCAUGUGUGCAGCCAUGUGGAGUGUGGGAAAACGUACUUCAAAAGCUCCCACCUCAAGGCACACAUGAGGACUCACACAGGUGAGAAGCCAUUCCGCUGUAGCUGGGAGGGCUGCGGGAGGCAUUUUGCCCGCUCGGACGAGCUGUCCCGCCACCGCCGCACGCACACGGGGGAGAAGCGGUUCACCUGCGCUGUGUGCCAGAGCCGCUUCAUGCGCAGCGACCACUUGGCCAAGCACGCGCGGCGCCACCUCAACAGCAGCGGCAGCAGGAUGCCUGGGUGGAAGCUGCAGCUGAGCCAUCUCGGCCAGCUCACCGCCGUGUGUCGCCCCCUGCAGCCUAUCAGCUGACACUGCACACUCAGGUGGAAGUGGAAGAAGAAACAACGGGUGACUUUUAAACAAGCCUUAAUAAGCUUGGGGAAGUCAAUGUGAAGUACAGCCGAGGCUGUGAUGGUAAACUUCCACUAAAUAUAAAUAUAGUGUCUAGACACUGUAUUUUGUGUGAUGAACUGUAGAUUUGUAGCCAUGACCGGGACUUGUGGCAAAUGAGAUCAGACAGGAAAUUGUGUCCCCGUCAUGUUGUAUCAUGACAGACACUAGGUGUCAUUGUGCCUAUUUUAAAGGUUACAGGUAGGACAUACUGUUCAACACUGCUAAAAGCUUGUUACAUGCACAUUGAUUUUUAUUAUGGUGUUUCGGUUCAUUUUAAAUAGGAUUGUAUUGGUAAAGCAAUUAUGAAGAGCUAUUGCAAUUACAGUGGUUAUUGAUAUGUAAGGACUAGGCAAACCGUGAUCAGUAAUGCCUCAUUAAUAAUGUCUGUGUGAGUUUGUAAUGCGUGUGUGCGCUCAUUUUCUAUAAUUCUUUGGGAGCUUUGACCAAUAAUUCUCCAGAGCUAAACCACUGUGAGAUUAUCAGGGCUUUCUUACUUGUAUUUUGUACAUACUUUAAAGUCACUUUAUCAGAGAAAGUGUAUUUUGUUGGAAAAAUGUUGGAAUGCAAAUGUUUGAAAAUGAGAGUAAAGUUUUUAUAAUGUCACAAA